AUGUCAUCCACUACCAAGUACGGCGAAAACGGCAGCGACACGUCGUCCUCGGGCGGCGAUAGCUCCAGCUCUGGAAACAGCUCAUCCUCGAGCAGCUCGACAGGCUCCGAGACCUCAAACACUUCCAACACCGCAUCUGGUGGACAAGUCCCAGAGCCGACCCAGUGUGGCAUCUGCAAGGAGUGGUAUGCGUUGGGAGAUGCCCAUACCUGCGACUUGAACGACCCCUACGCGGGCUACUAUGCUUGA